CGCUCAGCGCGUUUUUACUGCAGUGUCUCUGGAUUAGUGCGCGCGCUGCGGCACUCCGCUCGGUUCACAAACGGGAAGAGCGAGAAAAACCGACCGACCGAGCCGCGAUAAGACCCUCGCUCGCAUCCAUCAGCACAACCGGAUCCGUCGCGUUUAUUCCAAGCGGUUAUAAAGGCGGAGCGCGCACCGAGAAUCUACCGGAGACAUGGCCAAAGAGGACGAGAAGAAGGAAUCCGGGUCAUGGAAGGACUUCUUCUGGAACCCGCGGACGCACGAGCUGCUCGGGAGAACGGCGAGCAGCUGGGGUCUGAUUCUGCUGUUCUAUCUGGUCUUCUACACGUUUCUGGCUGGUGUUUUCUGCCUCACCAUGUAUGUGAUGCUGCUGACGCUCGAUGAUUAUCAGCCCACCUGGCAGGACCGACUGGCCACACCAGGCAUGAUGAUUCGGCCAAAAGGAGAAGCUCUAGAAAUCGUUUAUUCUCGGGAGAACACCGAGAGCUGGGAGUUGUACGUUCAGGCCCUCGACAGCUUCCUCAAACCCUAUAAUAACUCUCAGCAGGCCGUGAAUAAUGACGACUGCACCCCGGACCAGUUCAACAUCCAGGAGGACAGCGGAAACGUGCGAAACAACCCCAAACGAUCCUGCCGGUUCAACCGCACCACGCUGGAGGACUGCUCCGGACUCACCGACCGCUUUUACGGAUACCCGGAUGGAAAACCCUGCAUACUCAUCAAACUCAACCGGGUGAUUGGGAUGAAGCCUGGUAAGGACGGACAGUCUCCGUACGUCACCUGUGGAGCAAAGAGGUAUAAAGAGGGUGAUGAGUGGAAAGAGGAUGCGGAGAGCAUUGGUGAAAUCGCAUACUUUCCUCCAAAUGGAACCUUUAACCUCAUGUACUAUCCAUACUACGGCAUGAAGGCACAGGUGAAUUACUCCCAGCCUCUGGUGGCGGUGAAGUUCAUGAACAUCUCCUUUAACACAGACGUCAAUGUGGAGUGUAAGAUCAACUCUAACACCAUCACCGAGUUCAGCGAGAGAGACAAGUUCGCCGGCCGUGUGUCCUUUAAGCUGCGCGUCAACAACUGAGCAACUACACACACACACACACACACACACACACACACAGGAGAUUGUGGGAGGUGUCAUUCAUAUCUCAGAGUGUUUAAUGUGUUUGUCCGUCCCCAUUUUCCCCUCAUCACACACUGAUUUCUGUGUGCGUGUGUGCGCGUGUGUCUUUGUAUCUCUGUGUGUUUCGAGUACUCUUGACUGUCGUCAUACCCAGCUGAUAUCAUUCCAAAGUUAAAUCCAGAGAGCAGAAAAUACGAGUAUCGAAAAUACGAGCCUUUCUAGAUCUCUAGACAAACAAUAUUGACAUAAUCACAAUCUCACAACAACAACAAAACAAUCCGGUGCAUUCCAAAGGGACCACAAUCACGUCAAGAAAUUAUCUUCGUUUCUUGCAUAUUGUUUUUAUGACAAUCUCUACGCUUAGUUGUCAUGAAAAUCGUGUGAGAGUUUUAAAAUAUGAAUCAUGUUUAUUUUAAUUUCUUACACUUUUCCGUAUAUUUAGGGAAAAUUUAACCUGGGUUUACUCAGUAAGAAAUGGCUUUUAUUUGGGAAAAGAUAAAACAAAUUAGAGUCAAAUCUAUAUCACUCAACGCCGUUCAUGAUAAACAAAAUGUGAACGAAAAAACGCAAAGCGUAAAGUGCUGAUUAAUAAAUAGAGCCAUAAAAAUCGUCGCAUAUGUAAAAAAAAAAACUUACUGUAACCGAGUCAUAUCUGUCAAAGCAUCAGGAUGUUUUAUUCAUCUAUUUAUUUAUUUAUUUAUUUAUUUAUGAAUUGUUAAGGUAUGUUUAUGAUGUUUGUCGUUUACUUAUUAUCUGAUUUGUGGUUUUUAUUUACAUUUUUUGUAUGGCAACGUUUGUGAAAACACUUUUGUAUUAGUACAUGUUCACGAGUGCACACACACACUCACACACAUACACAACUGAAUUGAUUGGCUGACGUUCUGCACAUGCUCAGAUUGCACUCGACGACUGACACAUUAGCCAAUCAGCUUCAAGCUGCGCCAUAUCAGCCAUAACUUUUACGUUCGAAUUUGCCCGAUUGGCUUAUAAAUUGUAUUUGCUUCAUAUUGUCCGGAACGGUUCGAUCCAUCUAAAUGUGUACACAGCAAUACCUUCUGGUCCGAGAGUGUACUGUUAAUACUUGUAAAUAAUACCGAAUCGGGGGUAGUUUAACGAAGAGAGUAGUUCAAAUAAAAUAAAAUAAAAAUUGCCAAUUCAAUACUUACUGAUGUAGAUGAAUGAAAAAAAUGUGUUUUUCCUCCCAAGAAGUGUUUUUUUUUAUCAUUUGUUGUUGAGCACAUCAUGGGUUAGCCGCACUUUAGCUCCCGUUAGCACAGCGGAAAUAUGACGUGAACAUUAGCUGCAUAUAUUUGUCAAAACCUUAGUUCGUUUCUUCCUAGCUUUGGUAGGUUAUUAGAUUUUUAAUCAUGUGAUUUGACAUUUGGAUGUUCAAGGGGAUGUUCCAGUCGAAUGGACAUGACCUGCUUCGAGCAGGUUAGCGAGAUGCUCAUUAGCGUAGUGCUUUUAGCGAACCACUAUCCUGUCGUCCAUAACGCACAGACGGCCUGUCUAUUUUUUUGUGUUUCAAUUCUUACAAUCUUUCAUUUCGCCCCUGUUGUGAAUGUGCUGUUACUGCCACAGUGUUGUGCGUUUGAAACAUUGGAGGGUGUGUGUUAGAAAAGAGCCAACUAUGGCCAAACUUUACAAUUACCGUCAUAAUGCUGGGUUCGCACUAUAAUCAGAAUUAAAUAUUUGCGUGAUAAAUUUCAAACAAAGUUCAUAUAAUUGACCUCAAGCAUUAAACUACGUCAAGUUCGGUUGCGAACCUAGCAUUAGUUCAUCCGUCGCACAUCAGCACAGAACUUACGGGCCUGAUGUUGAGAUCAGUUCAAUGUUUACACAGAGCAGUGACUAAUAACUAGAUUAGCCAUGUGCUAAACUGACGCUGCCGUAUGUUUACUAAGAUCUACUUAACGUGUGCUGCCUGACCGCUCUAUGUCAUGGGAUAGAUUUUAUAUGUUUUUAAGAUAUGGUAAACCGAAUUAUUGCACAUUCUUUAUGACUUCUGUACUUUUAGAUGGACUGGCGAUUAAACCAUCGCCGCGCCAAGAGUUUGUAUUCCGCACGAUCACCACACAACGGAAGUAAUUCGCACACAUUUUCCAUACGGUUUGUUCAUUUCCGUUGCACAUCAUCAGCUUGGAGAAACAGCGUGCGAUAGCAUAUGUGUAAUAGAUCGCAUUUACCACAGCUCGGCGAAAUUCGGCGGGAGAAAUAACGAUUGAACUUCGCGAAUAAAAGGCGUGCGGAUUUUAAAUGAUCACUCAAAUUUCCCGCGCUGAACAACGAAAAGCUGAUUGGUUUGAAUGUGGCGUGUUUUGCCCUUCAAAUGUCUAUCGUGACGCACAGCUUCAUAUCUGACACCAUCAACAAGGCACCUGGCGACAAACACCCGCGUUCACAAACAAUGGCAACGACAAACACACCUGCUCUACUAAAUCCUCAUUCGAGAGCUUUCACACACAAACUCACUCACACACACACACAGACACACACACACUGACGGCACCGGUGAGCUCUUUGUCCCCGUCUGUGUUUCUCUCCAAUCCAAUAACGCGACCCGCUCGUCACUUUUUUGAGUUCGCCGGAUGAUUCCAACAUUAUCCCGGUCUCUCAUCUGUCUGUCAUAGUGAGACGGCGUCUUAUUCUUUCUUCACUCUCUGUAAAAACACUGCUCAGAAACUAGAUGUAUCUUAUUAAAUAUCCUGAAUAUACUGUUAUAUAUUGCCUGACAUGAAAAUUGUGAAACUUAUAUUCGAGAAACAAAUGAUUAUCAUUAUAAAUGAAAACUGAAAACAGGAAAUAAAUACAUUUUGUGUUUAACAAACGA